AUGGCAAUGACAACAUCAAAUCUCAAUUCUAUUAAAACUAUUACCCGUCGUAAUACAGUUUCUGACGCAAAAAUAGUCAAUGAACAAGUCCUAUCACAAGAGCUUGGCCAAUUUUCACCUUUCAAAAUCAAUUCAACAAAAAAACAAAUAACAAGAUUUCCUAUAGAAAUUAUUCUUUCGAAAACAAUUGGUAGUGAAUGGCAAUCUAUACCCGACUAUCUUUGUUCAAAAAAUCCAUCUUUUGAAAAGAAACUUCGAAC